AUGCUCUUUAAUUCGGCCUCUAAAGAAACCAUUGCACCUCAUGUCAUUUUUCCCGAACCAACGACUUUCCAUUUUGGAUGGACUAAACUCCAGGAAUACGAUUUGGCCGAGAAACUUCAUUCACCCCAAUAUGCUAACCUGAAUGUAGUCGCUGCCACCUCGUCGGCACCUACACCGGACACGAUGAUUUCCAAACCUUUGAAAAUACCGAAAAAUGAACCAAAAGAUAUAAAUCAUUGCUCCUUUUGUAAAUUUGCUAUCGUCGACAAAGAAAUCAGUGUUUUAGAAGGCAAAUAUUAUCACCAUCGUUGUCUUCGUUGUGCCAUGUGUGAUAUGACUUUUGAUUUUAAUGAUAAAUGUUAUGUGAGAGAUGGUUCCUUUUUAUGUCGAGCGGACCAUGCAAAGCGGUACCAAAAAUGUUGUCGGAAAUGUGAGCAACCUUUGAACAGGGAGGAUAUGGUUAUGCGGGCUAAGGAGAUGAUAUAUCAUAAUUCAUGUUUUGUGUGUUUUCUUUGUACAAAAAAGUUGAACACUGGAGAUUUUUAUACAGUUUCACCGGAAGGCCAUCUCUAUUGUCAGGCUCAUUAUGCCGUUCCAACGCAGGUGUUAUUAGAAGAACCUAAGUCAACUACCGUAUCUGCUGUAGCCUCGCCGCCAAAAACAACACCGCCAACUGCAGUAAUCCUUCCUUUAUCUUCAACAUCGCCGGCACCAGAAGCACCAGCCAGAGAAACAUCCGAAGCGGAAGCAUCGACCGACGAAGACGGAAGUAGCAAUGGUCAUCAACGAAACAAGCGGAUGCGUACUUCUUUCAAACACCACCAACUCCGAGCAAUGAAAUCUUAUUUUGCUUUGAACCACAACCCAGACGCCAAAGAUUUGAAGCAACUUGCUGUCAAGACUAACCUAACCAAGCGAGUUCUUCAAGUGUGGUUCCAAAAUGCUCGUGCCAAAUUCCGCCGGGGACUUCAAGAUGGUGGUCGGCCCGGAAGCCCAAUGCUUGUCAUUCAUUCUACAUUAGAAAUGAAUCCACCACUCUCUACUUCAUCAUCUAAUCACUCCACAGAUGGUUUCCCUUCGCUCAGCUCUCCGCCUUUGACCACAGAAAUUUAUUCGCCAAAUGCCAAUUACACACAUCUUUAG